AGUCUGUGCACCAAAGGGAUAGAAGGAUAGAAUUUGUACUAUACUCUCUCCAUCUCAGCUGUAUCUGGCUAAAGGCUGUACAGAAACCUCACCUGUGCAGAACCCAAGUGAACCAUGGCACAGCUUCUCAGAGCCAUUAGGAGUAUUAUUGCAACGUUUCACAGCUACAGCAGCGCUAGUGCCCCCUGCAACAAACUUAACAUUGAAGAGUUCAACAACUUGAUUCAGAAGGAGUUUGCCAAUAUUAUUGAGGAUUCGAACAAUCCUCAAACUAUUACGAAUAUCCUACAUUCCCUGGAUCAAAACAAUGAUGGAGCAGUAGAUUUUGAAGAGUUUCUUGAGCUAGUGUCAAAGGUUGGACUAGCGUAUUACGAGGCUCUGGAAAGUAAAGGAAAAUGUACUAUAUGCGAGGAAAUCAAAGAAGCAGCCAAAGUAAAAGAAGAAAGAUCUGGUAAAAAUUCAGCAACAGUAAUGACUAAAGAGGCCCAAAAACAUGACCAAGAAAAGGAAGGACUAAAGGAUCUGCCUCGUGAAAAACAAGAUUCAGCACAAUCACAGAUACAGAAAUCAGAUUCAACACAAACAGGACAAAAUCAAGCACAAGCUUUGCAAGAUUUUCCUCAAAAACAUGAAUUGCCCAAGGAACAAAGCAAGUAUUCCAAAUAUGAUCAACCUCCAAAACAAACCAGCUCCCAAACACUGGAGACAGCCCCAGAUCAAAGUUUAUUUGUUCAACCAGAUCAAACCAAGAAACUGGAACAUAUUCAGAAGACUAAACCCACUCAGAAACAAGACCCAUUGCAAAAACAAGAUCUAGCACAGAUACCAGACCCAACACAGGAAAAUGACCUAUCUUGGACAAAAUUAACACAGAAACAAGACACAACACAAAAGCAAGACACAUCCCAGAAGCAAGAUCAAAUAAAGAAACCAGAAGAGACUCCAAAACACAAUUUACCAGAAACAAAAUACCCAGAACAGCAGCAUGAACAAUUUCAGUCACAAGAUACAAAAAAGAAACAAGACCCAUGGCAAAAACAAGUUCCAACUCAAAAGCAAGAUCUCACACAGAAACCAGAUUUAAAACAGAAAGAUGCUUCUCAGAAACAAGAUCCAGCACAGAAAGAAAAGCCAUCUCAGAAGCAAGACACAACAGAAACCCAAUAUUCUUCACAGAAAAAAGAACAAACUCCAAAACUAGAUUCCUCACAUAAACAAAAUCAAACACCAAAACAAGAUUUUCAACAGAAAGAAGACAUUUCUCAGAAACAAGACCGGUUGGAGAAACAAGAUCACACUCCAAAACAAGACCAAACACAGAAAGAAGAACCCUCUCAGAAACAAGACACGACAAAGAAACAAGACACAGCACAGAAACAAGACCAGACACCAAAACAAGAUUGCGGGUCUCAGAAACAAGAUCCAUUACAGAAAGAAGAACUAUCUCAGAAACAGGACACAACAAAGAAACAAGACCCAUCACUGAAACAAGAUCAAGCACCAAAACAAGAUUUUAAACAGAAAGAUUACAUUUCUCAGAAACAAGACCCAGCACAGAAACAAGACCAGACUCCAAAACAAGAUUUAACACAGAAACAAGAUGUAAAACAGAAAGAUGAACUUUCUCAGAAACAAGACCCACUACAGAAAGAAAAAUCAUUUCAGAAGCAAGACACAACAAAGAAACAAGACACAGCAGAGAAACAAGAUCAAAUACCAAAACAAGAUCUUAAACAGAAAUAUGACAUUUCUUGGAAACAAGAUCCAGCACAGAAAGAAGCACAAUCUGAGAAAAAAGACCAAUCUUCAAAACAAGAUUUAACACAGAAACAAGAUGUAAAACAGAAAGAUUACAUUUUUCAGAAACAAGACCCAUCACAGAAAGAAGAACUUUCUCAGAAACAGGACACAACAAAGAAACAAGACCCAUCACUGAAACAAGAUCAAACACCAAAACAAGAUUUAAAACAGAAAGAUGACAUGUCUUGGAAACAAGACCCACUACAGAAAGGAAAAUCAUGUCAGAAACACGACACAGCAGAGAAACAAAAUCAAAUACCAAAACAAGAUCUUAAACAGAAAGAUGACAUGUCUUGGAAACAAGACCGCGCACAGAAAGAAGCACCAUCUGAGAAACAAGACUCAAAGAAACAAGAAUCAGUACAUAAAGAACCACAAUCUCAGAAGCAAGACCCAGCACAGAAACAAAAUGAAACUCCAAAACAAGAUUUAACACAGAAGCAAGAUGUAAAACAGAAAGAUGACAUUUUUCAGAAACAAGACCCACUACAGAAAGAAAAAUCAUUUCAGAAGCAAGACUCAACAAAGAAACAAGACACAGCAGAGAAACAAGAUCAAAUACCAAAACAAGAUCUUAAACAGAAAUAUGACAUUUCUUGGAAACAAGAUCCAGCACAGAAAGAAGCACCAUCUGAGAAAAAAGACCAAUCUUCAAAACAAGAUUUAACACAGAAACAAGAUGUAAAACAGAAAGAUUACAUUUUUCAGAAACAAGACCCAUCACAGAAAGAAGAACUUUCUCAGAAACAGGACACAACAAAGAAACAAGACCCAUCACUGAAACAAGAUCAAACACCAAAACAAGAUUUAAAACAGAAAGAUGACAUGUCUUGGAAACAAGAUCCCGCACAGAAAGAAGCACCAUCUGAGAAACAAGACCCAGCACAGAAAAAAGACCAAACUCCAAAACAAGAUUUAACACAGAAACAAGAUGUAAAACAGAAAGAUUACAUUUUUCAGAAACAAGACCCACCACUGAAAGAAAUAACAUGUAAGAAACAAGACACACAACAGAAACAAGACCCAGCACAGAAACAAGAUGAAACACCAAAACAAGAUUUAAAACAGAAGGAUAGCAUUUGUAAGAAACAAGACCCACUACAGAAAGAAGAACUUUCUCAGAAACAGGACACAACAAAGAAACAAGACCCAUCACUGAAAAGAGAUCAAACACCGAAACAAGAUUUAAAACAAAAAGAUGACAUUUCUUGGAAACAAGACCCAACACAGAAAGAAACACCAUCUGAGAAACAAGACUCAAAGAAACAAGAAUCAAUACAUAAAGAAGCACAAUCUCAGAAACAAGAUCCAGCACAGAAACAAGACCAAACUCCAAAACACGAUUUAACACAGAAGCAAGAUGUAAAACAGAAAGAUGACAUUUUUCAGAAACAAGACCCACUACUGCAAGAAAUAACAUGUAAGAAACAAGACACACAACAGAAAGAAGACCUAGCACAGAAACAAGAUCAAGCAUCAAAACGAGAUUUAAAACAGAAAGAUGACAUUUCUCAGAAACAAGAACCAUUACAGAAAGAAGACCUUUCUCAGAAACAGGACACAACAAAGAAACAAGACCCAUCACAGAAAAGAGAUCAAACACCGAAACAAGAUUUAAAACAAAAAGAUGACAUUUCUUGGAAACAAGACCCAACACAGAAAGAAGCACCAUCUGAGAAACAAGACUCAAAGAAACAAGAUUCAGUACAGAAAGAAGCACGAUCACAGAAACAAGACCCAUCACAGAAACAAGACCAAACUCCAAAACACGAUUUAACACAGAAACAAGAUGUAAAACAGAAAGAUGAAAUUCUUCAGAAAAAAGACUUACUACUGAAAGAAAUAACAAGUAAGAAACAAGACCCAGCACAGAAACAAGAUGAAACACCAAAACAAGAUUUAAAACAGAAGGAUAGCAUUUGUCAGACACAAGGCCCAUUACAGAAAGAAGAUCUUUCUCAGAAACAGGACACAACAAAGAAACAAGACCCAUCACUGAAAAGAGAUCAAACACCAAAACAAGAUUUAAAACAGAAAGAUGACAAUUCUUGGAAACAAGGCCCAGCACAAAAAGAAGCACCAUCUGAGAAACUAGACUCAAAAAAACAUGAAUCAGUACAGAAAGAGGCACAAUCUCAGAAACAAGACCAAGCACAGAAACAAGAUCAAACUCCAAAACAAUAUUUAACACAGAAACAAGAUGUAAAACAGAAAGAUGAACUUUUUCAGAAACAAGAUUCACUACUGAAAGAAAUAACAUAUAAGAAACAAGACACACAACAGAAACAAGACCCAUCACAGAAACAAGAUGAAACACCAAAACAAGAUGUAAAACAGAAAGAUAUACUUUCUCAGAAACAUGACCCAUCACAAAAAGAGCUCUCUCAGAAACAGGACACAACAAAAAAACAAGACCCAUCACUGAAACAAGAUGAAACACCAAAACAAGAUUUAAAAAAGAAAGAUAGCAUUUUUCAGAAACAAGACCCACUACUGAAAGAAAUAACAUGUAAAAAACAAGACACACAACAGAAACAAGACCCAGCACAGAAACAAGAUGAAACACCAAGACAAGAUGUAAAACAGAAGGAUGACAUUUCUCAGAAACAAGACCCACUACAGAAAGAAAAAUCAGGUCAGAAACAUGACACAGCAGAGAAACAAGAUCAAAUACCAAAACAAGAUUUAACACAGAAACAAGAUGUAAAACAGAAAGACAACAUUUUUCAGAAACAAGACCCACUACUGAAAGAAAUAACAAGUAAAAAACAAGACACAACAAAGAAACAAGAUCCAUCACAGAAACAAGAUGAAACACCAAAACAAGAUUUAAAACAGAAGGAUAGCAUUUGUCAGACACAAGACCCAUUACAGAAAGAAGACCUUCCUCAGAAACAGGACACAACAAAGAAACAAGACCCAUCACUGAAAAGAGAUCAAACACUAAAACAAGAUUUCAAACAGAAAGAUGACAUUUCUUGGAAACAAGGCCAAGCACAAAAAGAAGCACCAUCUGAGAAACUAGACUCAAAAAAACACGAAUCAGUACAGAAAGAGGCACAAUCUCAGAAACAAGACCAAGCACAGAAACAAGAUCAAACUCCAAAACAAGAUUUAACACAGAAACAAGAUGUAAAACAGAAAGAUUACAUUUUUCAGAAACAAGAUCCACUACUGAAAGAAAUAACAUAUAAGAAACAAGACACACAACAGAAACAAGACCCAUCACAGAAACAAGAUGAAACACCAAAACAAGAUGUAAAACAGAAAGAUAUAAUUUCUCAGAAACAUGACCCAUCACAGAAAGAGCUCUCUCAGAAACAGGACACAACAAAAAAACAAGACCCAUCACUGAAACAAGAUGAAACACCAAAACAAGAUUUAAAACAGAAAGAUAGCAUUUUUCAGAAACAAGACCCACUACUGAAAGAAAUAACAUGUAAAAAACAAGACACACAACAGAAACAAGACCCAGCACAGAAACAAGAUGAAACACCAAGACAAGAUGUAAAACAGAAGGAUGAAAUUUCUCAGAAACAAGACCCACUACAGAAAGAAAAAUCAGGUCAGAAACAUGACACAGCAGAGAAACAAGAUCAAAUACCAAAACAAGAUUUAACACAGAAAGACAACAUUUUUCAGAAACAAGACCCACUACUGAAAGAAAUAACAAGUAAGAAACAAGACACAACAAAGAAACAAGAUCCAUCACAGAAACAAGAUGAAACACCAAAACAAGAUGUAAAACAGAAAGAUAUAAUUUCUCAGAAACAUGACCCAUCACAGAAAGAGCUCUCUCAGAAACAGGACACAACAAAAAAACAAGACCCAUCACUGAAACAAGAUGAAACACCAAAACAAGAUUUAAAACAGAAAGAUUACAUUUCACAGAAACAAGACCCACUACAGAAAGAAAAAUCAUGUCAGAAACAUGACACAGCAGAGAAACAAGAUCAAAUACCAAAACAAGAUCUUAAACAGAGAUAUGACAUUUCUUGGAAACAAGACCCAGCACAGAAAGAAGCACCAUCUGAGAAACAAGACUCAAAAAAACAUGAAUUAGUACAGAAAGAAGCACAAUCUCAGAAACAAGACCCAGCACAGAAACAAGAUCAAAAAGAGAAUCAGAAAAUUAAACAGAAACAAGAUUUAAAGCAAAAAGACAUCUCUGAAAAACAAGACCCAGCACAUAAACAAGACCAAUCUCAGCAUAAAGAUCAAACUCUGAAAGAAGACCCAAAACAGAAACAAGACUCAUCUAAAAAACAAGAUACCGAGCAUAAGCAACACCAAACACAAAAACAAGACAUUUCCCUCAAACAAGAUUCAAACCAGAAACAAGACCUAACAUGGAAAUGGGACACAACACAGAUACAAGAAACAUCUCAAGAACAAGACCCUGCAAAGAAGCAAAUACCAAAGCAGAUACAGGAUCGACUACAGAAACAAGAUUUAAAACAGAAAGAAUUCUUUAAAAAGCAAGACCAGACACAGAAACAAGGACAAUCUCAUGAAGAAGACAAAACUCAGAAGGAAGAUCAAUCUAAAAAACAAGACAUUUUUCUGAAACAGGAUCCAAUACAGCAUCAAGAUGUUUAUCAGAAACAAGAAUCACCCCAAAAAGAAGAGCCCAGACAGAAACAAGAACCAUUUCAGAAAGAAAACUUAAUUCUGAAGCAAAAACAAGCAAAGGAAAAAGAUAUUUCCCUGAAAGAAGACCUAACACAUAAAACAGAUUUAAGAUGGAAAUAUGAUAGAACACAGACCCAAGAACCAUCUCAACAAGAUUCAACACAGAAACCAGGACCAUCUGAUAAACAGGACACAACUCAAAAGGAAGAUCAAACCCAGAAACAGGAUCCAACACAGAAACAAGAUAAAUCUCAGACACAGGACACAACUCAGAAUCAAGCUCAAACAAAAAAACAAGGUGAAACUCAUAAACAAGACAUUUCUCAGAAACAAGAUCUAACACAGAAGCAAGAACUAUCUCAGAAACAAGAACAAACACAAUAUCAGCAUCCGACACAGAAGCAAGAAGCAUCUCGUAAACCAGAUUCAGCUCAAGAUCAAAACCAACCACAAAAACAAGACAUUUCCUGGAAGCAAGAUCCAAAACAAAAGCAAGAUCCAACAUGGAAAUAUUGUGCAACACAGACACAAGAACUAUCUCAAAAACAGGACCCCACACAGAUACACGAUCUACAGAAGAAACAGGAUUUAACACAGAAACAAGAUUUAAAACAGAAAGAAGACAUUUCUCAGACACAAGACCCAUUUCAGAAAAAAGACUCAUCUAAGAAACUGGAUUUUUUUAAAGAAUCAUCUCAGACACCAGACACCGCCCAGAAAGAAGACCAAAAACUUGCAACAGUGACACAAGAAACACAAAAACAAGAUCAAUGCCAGAAAGAAGACACAGUACAGAAUCAAGAGUCAUCGUGUAACUAUGAUAUCAUUGGGAAACAAGACCCAUCUGAGAAACAAGUUCCAACACCAAAACAUGACCCAAACAAAAAACAAGAUGAAACACAGAAACAAGACCCAGCAUUGAAACAAGAUGUAAAAUGUAAAUCUGACACAAUACAAAAACACAAACUAUUUGAAAGUCAAGAAGGCAUUUCUCAUAAACAAACAGACACAACUCAGAUUCAAGACAUUCCUCUGAAACAAGACCCACUUAAGAAACAAAAUGAAAAUAAGAUUGAAAUCUUAUCUCAGACACAACAUCACACAUCCACACAAGACCAAACACAGAAACAAGACCUAAAAUGUAAAUCAGAUGCAGCACAAAAGCAAGACCCAAUUCAGGUGCAAGACCCAACAAAAAAAUACGAUCCACCACAGAAGCAAAAUCAGAGUGAAGAGACAACCACAAAGAAAACGGAACGCCAUGAAACUCAUUAUGUAUUUCAAACGCAAGACAAUUUACCACAUGAUCCUAUGCAGAAACCACAAGAUGUAAAAGGAGAACAGAUGUUCCAAAUGCCUCAGCAAUCAUCACAUUUUGGGGAGCACUGGCAGUGGCAUGAAGUAAAUUUACCUUCCAGUUAUUACCAAGUACAUCAAUUAGAACACAAGCCACCCCAGCAAUCAAUCCACGAAAAGGUAAACACAUCUUGGCCUGUGAAUGAGCAGCAGUUUAACACAAAUUUAAAUCCUGGUGCUAGUUUAAUGCAUCAAGAUAAUGUGCAGCAGCAGCAAAAGAAGGAACAGACACACAUAGAAAAUCCACUAUACGCUCUCUCACAGCAGUCUCCAAAACUACUAAGGAACCGUGAGUCUGUCCAGCACACUGAAUCUUGGCAUUCCACCACACCUCAACAGCCUUCACUGAAACCAGAAGAAAAAUCCAACAUCCAGCAAAACCCCACUGCCCAAGGAGCUCAAGGAACAAUGCAAACAAGUACUUCCUCAGACACACAAACAAGUCCUACAUCAAAGGAGGAAAAAAAUAAAUCGAGCCAAAAAGGCUUCAAAUGGCCAUGGCAGUGAUCACCCAUCUAUAGGUAUAUCUGGACCUACUAUUAGAACCCUAAACCAUCUUAUAUCUCAACAACUAUACAAGAAUUUAAUGUGGUGUACUUAAUUAUAGCCAAGCACAAACCUAUUGUUGUAUUUAUGGUGCAAGAAGUGUUUUUAUAAAAAGCUUGAAAUCAGCCAAUGCUUGGGCCCUCUGCUGGCACGGGUUUGUUUUGUGUGCAGUCUAUAUUAGCUUGCUUGUUUACCUUCAUCUAAUAAAGCAAAUUACCCAUGUUGGUAA